ACACUUAAAAACAGCUUUCUCCGUUAGUUUUUAUUGACUCGCAUAGGUGGUGUUUCCCCCCAUCAAUCAACCAAGAAACCCAAACUGGAUUUCUGGCUCUUCGUCGUUCUCCGUUUUACCCUUCUUAUUGUUUUGCUUGCAUGACCUGCUUUCAUAAGAAACAUACAAGACUUAAGAUAGUUUCUGUAGUUUGUAUAUAAGAUGGGUUGUUUUACGGUUUUGAAAAGUAAGAAGACAAAGUCUGAGCAGUCAGUCUUUGUUAAACCUAUUGCUCAUAAGGAGCAUAUGCCGACCGCACUUCCUGAGCCCAAAGUUCAAAAACGAUCACUGCAAUCUGCACCCCCGAGUUUUAAAACCAGGGUAAAACCUAUUCAUUCUGAUAAUAAGGCAACCAGCAGCAGGGCACGUGCACGUACAUUAUCUGCUCCGUCAAGUCUUGAUGCUGCUGAGCGAGAUGCUCUUGCAUCGGUUGAAUUUGAAGAACAAGAAGAGUUGAAGAGUUCUGCUGGAGUAGUGAAGGAGCAGCGGUCAUCAAGCCCGCAACCGCUGCCGCUUCCAUGUCCACACAGUACUUCACUGAAGACGAUGGGAAGCUUUAAAGCAGGGAAUGCCAGUGGCCCUCUGUUUGCUUCUGGACCACUGCCCCUGCCUCCCUCCGGAGCACUACGAAACUUCUCCUAUGAAGAAAUUUCAGCUGCUUGCCAUCUUUUCUCUUCUGAUCGAUGCACGUCAGAGGGUCUUUCUUCUGUUAUGUAUAUGGCUUCUUUUGGAGAUGAUGCAUCAAGCUCAAAGAAGUUUGAAGCCACUGUUACUCGCCUUCACCCAUCCACUCAGGGUUUAAGGGAUUUUAUAAAUGAAGUAAACACUCUCGCAUCGUUGCAGCAUCCAAACCUCUGUAAAUUGCUUGGAUUCCAUGCACGUGAUAGUUCAGAACAAAGAAUUUUGGUCUACGAGAGGCUGUUUCAUGGAAGCUUAGACAGGCUUCUAUAUGGGAGAUCAGAUGGAGCACCACUUGAUUGGAACACCCGGAUGAAGAUUGCUUUAUGUUCUGCACAGGGCCUUACCUUCUUGCACGAGGAAGGACCAUUUCAGGCAAUGUACAAUGAAUUUUCAACUGCCAAUAUACAGAUUAACAAAGAUUUCAGUGCAAAGCUUUCUGGAUACGGGUGUGUUGGUCAUAUCCUAGAGACAGAAGAGAUCUCUGCUAAUUCACUGGCUGUGGCAAAUCUCUCGGUAGAGACCCUGGAAAGAGGAUGGCUAACACCAAAGAGCAAUGUUUGGAGUUUCGGCAUUGUCCUACUUGAAUUACUUACCGGCCGGAAGAAUCUCGAUAGCCGUCAUCAGAGGGAAGAGAGGAACCUAGUGAAGUGGAGCCGACCGUUUCUGGCUGACGAUUGUAGAUUAUCACUCAUAAUGGAUCCUCUGCUGAAAGGUCGGUUUCCUAUGAAAGCUGCACGCACAGUGGCCGACAUUGCACAAAGAUGUCUCCAAAAGGACCCAUCGGAGAGGCCUACCAUGAGAACCAUGGUUGAGAAUCUCAAAGUCAUCCAAGACAUGAAAUAUUCAUGCCGGUUCCCUCUGCAAGAGCCCGCAGCGAUUUCCGGAAAACAUAUGUCGAGGUGGCCGAGUCUUAACAGUAUCAUUACUCCUGCUACUGCACCUAAAUUCGGUUUCUCCCCGUCACCACCAUCUGGAUCCCGGUUCUCUGUUUCUCCUACAAGAGCAGCUGUUUUUCCAUCAACUCUUCCACCUCGGGCUUGUUCCUCUACCCUUUCAUUAGAGGAACUUGAACGGCAAGAAAACCGGAGAUUGUCGUCGGCAACCCUUGGAAGGGCUAGUGUGGAAGGAUUUUGA